AAGAAUGAAACAAAGUUCUGUGCUUGAUUGAAUUGGCCAUGAACGCAAGGGUGUAGACCGUAGAGACCGGUCAAUAUAUGACAGCUCCAGGACCAAUAUCCAGACCGCUAGAAUAUUGACUUUGUUGGAUGAGAUGGGAAUAUUUCUCGGGUCUUCUUUCCGGUUCUUCUGCUUGGGGGUGAAGAGCCAAGGAAGAGAAACUAACGCUGGUCUACAUCCAUGAGUGUUGGAAGUGGAAUGUGGCUACGGAAAGAGAUAUGUAUGGUUCGCUGGAACGGACACCGAAAGGGAUUGAUUGAUCUGUACUACAUGCCGGAGACCGGGUGGAAGGAGGAAAGGGAUUUGCCACCGCUGGAAAAGCAGGAUAGACAGCGUUCCUGGGAGUAUUUCUUCCCUCGGUGUGCUACUACUGUCUUUGUGCGACAAGAUGUAAAGAGUCAAACCCAUGCAAUGUUCGAGACGAGUUUCCUGGAUUCGUCUGGAAAGAGACGCCGUCCAGAUGGGGGAGGUAUAUUAAUUGGUGAUGAUGAUGUUGGUCCUGUGGAACCAAGAUCAUUGGCUUCGCCUCCACUUUGGCCACUGGAAGAGGCCGGGGACCUCGAACGUAUCAAUACGGGUGAUUUGUACGGCACGAGUUAUCCAUAUAGGUUUGUUGACCGGGAUCUAAGAACCAAAUCAGCCUUGUAAUUCAAUCCAGAUCAAAUAAUCAAUACGAGAUGGAGGCAUCCAUGGUUCGGGCUGAUCCGUAUUAAUAUCUCCGUUAUCAGUUUGGUCAUUGUGUACAUAAUUGUCUCUGGAUUAAUGC